ACGGCAAUUUGCAUUGAUGCCUUGGACGAAGUCGAUAGCAAAGUCCGGAUAGAUUUACUCAAGUCGUUGAAGUAUGUCGUCGAAAAAUCGAAGAAUUUCGUCAAGAUCUUUGCAACCACCCGAAUGGACACUGAUAUUCUGCUGCAGCUUGCGAUGUUUCCCCGCAUCGAGUUGCAACCUGAUGACAAUGUCGGCGACAUCAACGAGUUUAUAGAAAGCAAUGUUCAGAUGGCCAUUGACGAGGAGUGA